AUGAAUUGUCCCUCACGAACCGACGACACUCUUGAGCAUCCGGGCUGGAACCAGAAUCCUCCCGCGUUGAAUGCAGAUAUAACUACUCGAAAUGAUCUCAAUGGCAUUGCCAACUCCAAGGUACACCGGAGGCAUGCGUCAGGAAUGGGAGGCGUCUCAGGAGAAGGCAUCAUGGAGACAGACUCCCAGCCACACAGUCAAGACCGUACCGAAUCCGAAAUCGUGGAGACGAAGACGCUAGGCGGAGUGAUCGCUGCUGCCUCUGGGGACGACAAUCCCCGGAGUCACAGCGGAUCACCCCGCCGUCAUUCAGAUUUUACUUCAAUACUCACCUCCCAUGUUCUCCAUGUCGGGCAGAGUCUUGCCAAGUUUGCUCGCUUCGUGGGCCCCGGGUUCUUGAUUGCUGUUGCUUACAUUGAUCCCGGAAAUUAUGCCACCGAUGUGGCUGCUGGUGCAGAGUUCCGAUAUGCGCUGCUUUUCAUUGUCCUGCUGUCCAAUCUCUUCGCCAUUUUCUUGCAGUCUUUGUGUAUCAAGCUUGGAAGUGUGACCGGUCUCAACCUGGCGGAGAAUUGUAGGGAACAUCUUCCUAAAUGGUUGGUGUACAUUCUGUACUUUUUGUCAGAAGCCGCCAUUGUCGCGACUGACAUUGCCGAGGUCGUAGGUUCAGCUAUCGCUCUCAACCUCCUUCUUAAAAUUCCGCUGGUCGCUGGAUGUGCGAUCACGCUCGCCGAUGUUCUCUUCCUUCUCAUUUUCUAUAGACCCAACGGAUCCAUCUGGGGGCUGCGACUUUUUGAAUACUUUGUUAUGGCAUUGGUCCUGGGGGUGGUGAUAUGCUUCUGUAUACAGCUUUCUCUUAUCAAAGAACAAUCCGUUGGCGAUGUGUUCAGAGGCUAUUUACCAUCUUCUGCCAUAGUACAGUCCAAGGGUUUGUACCAGAGCUGCGGAAUUCUCGGUGCUACGGUCAUGCCUCACUCAAUAUUUCUUGGCAGUGGUGUUGUCCAGCCGCGAUUGAAGGAGUUCGAUGUCACAAAGGGCUAUGUGGACCCGGCCGUCUGUCUUGGAAGCACUGACGGGAAGGUCGAGUACAGGCCGUCUAUCCACGCCAUCCGAGGCUGCAUGAAGUACUCAAUCAUCGAGUUAUCGCUGUCGCUUUUCACCUUUGCUCUUUUUGUAAACAGUUCCAUCUUGAUAGUUGCCGGUGCCUCUCUAUACGGGAGUUCCGGCGCUGACGACGCUGACCUUUGGGGAAUUCACGACUUACUAUCCAGUUCCAUAGCCCCGGCUGCCGGCUUGAUCUUUGCACUGGCACUGCUCCUGUCGGGCAUUUCCGCCGGGAUUGUGUGCACUAUGGCGGGUCAGAUGGUGAGCGAGGGGAUGCUGAAAUGGACCGUCAGGCCCUGGCUUCGCAGACUCAUUACUCGAUCCAUCAGUAUCAUUCCCAGUAUCAUCAUCGCAGCAGCCGUGGGAAAGGAUGGGUUAGACAAAACUCUUACCGCCAGUCAAGUAGUACUGAGCGUGAUUCUACCCUUUGUGUCGGCGCCGUUGAUCUAUUUCACCUGUCGCAACCGUUAUAUGACCGUGCCAGCUGAUCGCAUUGGUGGAGACGAGGCGGACAUUCCGUCCGAAGGAGUCAAAAUGCGAAAUAACUUUCUGGUUACUGCUCUAGCCAUCCUGAUCUGGUUGGUGAUCGCGGUAAUGAACGUGGCGUUGCUGGUUCUUGUCGGAUUGGGCAAGACCUGA